CAUUAUUUUGUUUUACUGUCAAUUAAUGGCUGAUGAAUCAAUCCCUGUUCUGAAUAAGGAUAUGUUUGUUGGAUUGUUGUUUAAAUUUUAUGUUUCUGGAUAUGGUGGGGAUGUCUUGUCCGUUCUGGUAUGUUCGUUUUUAGUUUGGGUUUUAUUCUUUUGGAAGCCAAAUUGCGGGGUUCAAAUCACCACUUUGGUGAAAAUACUACAUGGGUUUUAUGUUUUUAUUUCUGUGAAAAUGGAUCUGAUAUGGACUUUGAUUUUUUAUUUACAAUUUCUCAUCGCUAUUAUUUUUCUGGGUUGUACUGGUUUUCUGAUAUAUUGCUGUUGCUUAGUUGAAUCAGCCAGUUGAGUUCUUAUUUGUAAUUGUAAAUAUUCAACGGUUGUUUGCCAUUUCCAAUCCCAGCUUCUGAUUGUAAUUGGCUUGUUUAUCUCUCUUGUUUAUUGUGCUUUCUUGCACCUGUGGCCAACAUUAUGAGUAUCUCGUUUCAUUUUUCAAUCCCAUAGCUCAUGUGGUUAAUGAUUCAUCAAAAUGAAUCUUGAUCCGGAUGUAGCAUCAAGCAUACUUCACUAGCAUUUCAUUAGGUUCAUGUGCAAUAUAUUUCUUCAUGAGUGUUUAGUAAAGACGAUGAGGAAGUGUUAUUCAAACUUUUUUCAAAUGGGAACUAGGAAUCUGUCUAUUUUUGUGCUCUCGACUUUUGGUUUUUCCCGAUCUUUUCACACUGUCGAAGUUCAUUUGGAAAUAUGUUUUGCCCUUACAGUUAUGCUCUAUAAUUUAAAUGCAACGUCAGUUGCAAUAAUCUCAGGGGAAGUACACGCUUCUUCCAGACUUUGUAGUGUACAAGAGCUAAAUUUUUUUAGCAAAAAAUAUCUCUGUAUACAUUUUUUUUGUCAUUUUGAUGUGUUGAACUAUUUCCGUGUCCAUCAUUUUGAAUUGACGGACAUACUCUGUAUUUGAUGCAUGGUUAUCAUACAUACUGUGAAUGAAAGUUGUAUGAAUCGUCAUUAUAUGGACAUCAAAUGAUGUAGAGUGCUAGAUUUUUUCGUGAUGGACAAUGUUAGCGCUGAUGCAAUCAGAAGUUGCCGAAGUGAAGAACUUGAACUUCCAAUCUGAUGUCGACUACCCAUAGCUCUUUGCAGGGGCUUAAUGAUGACAGUGUGCAGGCUGCAAGAUCCCAACUAAAAAAAAGGCAUACAUUUGAAAGAUCUCUUGGUUCUAAUAAUCUGGAAAGAGCUGUGGAUGUCAAUAAUCAUCAAGACCAAGAAGAUAUGGAACUGUUGUCACGAGUAAAAGCACAGGAAGGGGAGAUUCAACUUCUUCGUCAACAAAUUUCAGUUGCUUGUUUGAAGGAAUUACGACAGUUGAAUGAGAAAUAUGCACUGGAGAGGAAAUUUUCAGAUAUAAGAAUGGCAGUUGAUGAGAAGCAAACUGAAGCCAUAACUUCUGCCUUCAAUGAGUUGGGAUACAGAAAAGGAGAUCUUGAAGUGAACUUAAAAUUGACUAAUGAAUUGAAGGCUGUGGAUGAUGAAAGAUAUCACUACAUAUCAUCGUUGCUUGGGCUUUUGGCAGAAUAUGGCAUAUGGCCUCAGGUCAUAAAUGCCUCAGUUUUAACCAACAAUGUGAAGCUUCUUCAUGAUCAGUUGCAGCGGAAGAUCAGAACUUCUUAUGAAAAGAUUGGAGAACGAACAUCUCCUGCUGAAAAUCAAUUCGAGGGUGGAUUUCCAUAUAGAAAGAGAGAGAAUACUGAUUUUAAGUUCUUUGAGAGUAGAUAUCAAUAUCAAAAGAGAGAGAGUGCUGAUAUAGGGAAUUCGAGAUACCAGCUUCCUGCCAAAGCUGAGCCUUUGAGAACAACUGAUGAUAUGUUUAUCUCUAGGGUGCAAAAUAGUAUUCCAGGACCAGUAGACUUAAGUCUAAGACCUGAAAUGUACCAGCCUGUCAACUACGACAAUUCUCCAGAACCUUUAUACUAUGCUGGCAGGGAGGUGCCCGGUGCUUUUACCCCUCCAGUUGAUGAUGAUGCUGUGGAAUUGCAACGUUAUACAACCGAUGAGAGAUACAACAACCCUGUAAUGAUUGAGGGACCUAGCAUCGAGAAUUUUCAAAUAGUUGGUGAGGCUACACCAGGGAGCAGACUUCUUGCAUGUGGAUAUCCUACACGAGGGACUUCUCUCUGUAUAUUUCAGUGGGUUUGGCAUCUUGAGGAUGGCACAAGGCAGUAUAUUGAAGGAGCUACAAAUCCAGAAUAUGUUGUUGGAGCUGAUGAUGUUGAUAAACUAAUUGCUGUCGAGUGUAUACCAAUGGAUGACAAAGGCCAUCAGGGAGACCUGGUGAAGCUUUUUGCUAAUGAUCAGAACAAAAUAAGAUGUGAUCCUGACAUGCAACUGGAGAUUGACACGUAUCUCUCAAAGGGUCAAGCUACAUUUAACGUUCUUUUGCUGAUCGAUUCGUCUGAAAAUUGGGAGCCAGCAUCUAUUUCUUUGAGGAGGUCUGGUUACCAAAUUAAGAUGGGAAAUACAGAAGCUGUUGUAAUUGCUGAGAAAUAUUCAAGGGAGUUAUCGUUGAAAAUUCCUUCUGGAAUCUCUACACAAUUUGUUUUGACAUGCUCAGAUGGAUCAUCUCUUCCCUUUAAUACGUAUGAUGUUAGGAUGCGGGAUACUCUCGUGUUGACAAUGAGAAUGUUUCAAAGCAAGGCAAUGGAUGAUAGAAGGAAAGGAAAAGCAUAGAUCAAACCCCUUCACCAUUCAAGUAUUGUGUCCAUAUUCAUCAUUCAUUCAUUAUGCAAAGGAGAGAUGUAACUGAAUUUGUUUCAUCAUAGCCUGAACUAAUAAACGAAAUAAAUCAUAAAGGUCUUCUGUUGCUGCUAUUUACCUCUUACCCUCAUAGACAUAAAUGCUAUCUUCCCCUAUUAGUUUCUUCCCCAUAAUCAUAUUUAACAUGAUAGGUGGAGCUCUCAACAUUGGUUUGGUUUAAUUGUAAAUGUAAGGAAUGGAAAGAACAGUUAUAAUAGAACACUUCCACGUAUUUUUUAGUCCCUCCUUUUACUGUACAAACGUUAUUUAUAGAUACAUAAAAUGACCCUUUUCUCAA